AUGCAGGUAAACGAUGGGCGCACUGCAUUCUUCUGGUUUGAUAACUGGCUGCAGACAGGGAGGCUUAUUGAUAUUACGGGGGCUGUUGGUACAUGUUAUCUGGGCAUUCCCCGUACUGCCAAAGUAUGUGAUGCAGUUUCGCAAGCGCAGUGGAAUGUCAGGGGCCAUAGAAGCCGCCAUUUUCGUGAGCUACACGCUCGCAUCCAACGAGAACCGGUCCUGGAUGUUGAACAAGGCCAUGAUGUAAUCCUCUGGAAGCAUUCUGAGGAUGACUAUAAACCUUGGUUCUCUUCUAAGCAAACAUGGGAACAGAUUCGAGAGCAUAAGACGACUGUUAUAUGGAGUAAGACUGUUUGGUUUGCUCAAGGGGUACCGAGAUUCUCGUUUAUGGUCUGGCUGGUUGUGAAGAAUAGAUUAGCCACAGGAGACCGGAUGAGAGCUUGGGGCCUGCAUCAGAGCUGUGUUCUGUGUGGUGAGAGGGAUGAAACCCGAGAUCACAUCUUCUUCGCUUGCCCGUACUCAUUUACUGUCUGGAACAAUUUAGCAGGAAGGCUUAGUGGUUACAGAACUGAUCCUGAUUGGGAGAUUACACUGCAGUUUCUGACCAAUAAUGACCUGCAGUACUUGGACAAGAUUCUGUUGAAACUGGUUUUCCAGACCUCCAUCUAUCACAUCUGGCAGGAAAGGAACAAACGCAGGCAUCACACGGGUUACCGUUCGGUGGAUCAGUUGAUUAGGCUUAUUGAUAAAGCAGUCCGGAACAGGAUAUCGUCCCUGCGAUAUGGAGCUGAUCAUAAACUUGGAAGGAUGAUGCAAAGAUGGUUCGAAAUGACACAAACCACCUGA